UUAAAACAGCAGUCAGCAGUUCAAAGUUUCUAUAUACUUUUCUUCAUUACGAAAUAAGUAAUUAUGAACAGCGGUGCGACAAAACAAGCCGUAGUUAAAGCUGUACACUGAAGAUUUCAACUUGGUUAUUGACUAGGUUAGGAAGCACAUACUUUAUUUCAUGUUUUUCAUUUGUUUUCCUACGGAACUAUGUCAUCGUUAAAGCACCCCUCUUUAGAGAAGCGCAUUGAUGAUUCCGCAGCUAAUCCCGUAAUUAAAAAGAUUUCUUCGAGAAUUUUGCCUGGUGCCUUAGCACCUGCAAAUAAAGAUGCUGUUGACUGGAAUUUCGAGUCGCUUCUUGCGUAUGGUUGUCACAAGCACGUAGUUGUUAUCGACACAAAGUAUGCACAGGUCUUCCAGACUUUGACUGAGCACCAGCACAAUGUGACCAAGGUUAGCUGGUCCCGCAACUUGCAUUACCAUGACCUGGUGAACCCAUAUCACCUGAAGCUGGCCAGUGCAGAUACUUCUGGCACAGUGCUGGUGUGGGAUGUCACCCAGGCUACAGUUCGUAGUACCCUCACGGAGCCGGAUCGAACAAUUCUCGAGCUUGGUUGGCUUCUGGGAGGCGAUAGCAACCACCACCUGCUGCUUGUUCUGUACUCCUUGGGAACACUGGUUCUCUGGCAUGCGGACACAGGUGCCCAACUCUGGAGGAAGUGCUACCCUGAGCCCCUCCUUGCAUUCUCUUUGGACCCAUUCUGUGAAAGUACAGUUUUAUUUUUGGCAGCCGACCAUCUUCUCCUUGUGGAUGACCUAAAUGGACAGCAGGCACCUGCAGGUAAUGGCCAGAAGUGGUCUCUGGCAAGUGUUGCUUACAGUACGAGUGAUGCUACUGCCGAAGAGAGGAGCAAGUCUAGGAGCCGGCUCAUCAGCGGGGUCAAAUCGCUCAUUCGAACAGGAGACAACCAAACAGGUAUUGAAGAAGCACUUCUACUCAACGAGUGUUUGCAGCUGUGUUACCAUCGAGCCGUACGGCAUCAGCUCUUCCUAGUUUACCCAAAAAGGAUAUUUAUAGUGGACACUGAAGUGCAACAGGUGUUCGGGGUUAUGUCUCUGGAGCGUAAUGGUUCACCAUUUGUGCGCUGUCAUCCAUGCUGGGAAUGCGACUUCCUCUUGUGCCUGCACGAGUCUGGUUCUGUCAGUGCUCGCUUUCGACACGAAGACAAUGAGUCGCUAGCUGGAGAGUUGGACCAUGCAUCAGGAUUGAUUACAUAUGACACAGUCUGCAUAUCUGAAGCUCUGCGAUUAAGUAAGCAUUCCAAAGUGAAUGGCAUGGCAGUGUGCCAAAGCAGCCAGUGCAAGGUGGCUCUCCUUCUGGGCGAUGGUCGCAUUGUGUUCCUCAAACUGGCUUCAAAUAAGAAGGUUUCACUAGUUGAGAAGAGGGAAAAUCUGGCCUCUAUGAUGGAAAGCAGCAACACUGGCACUUUGCGCCUCAUAACUACUGGACUUCUAGAAGCCUUGGCUCCUGGUCCACACCUGUGUCGCAUGUGCCCACCAGUUACAUUUGGCAACUGGAGCAGCUACAGGCCUUUGCUGGCUGUUGGAAACACAACAGGCAGUGUUCAAGUGUUUGACUUGUCUUCGGGUACCUUAGAGAAAGAGCUCAAUCUGCAUGCUACACCUGUGAGAGGAAUUGAAUGGGUGAGCCUUACCUCAUUCCUGUCCUUUGCCUAUGCCAAUCUUGUAACGGUUGGCAGCAAAGUGCGAAAUGAGAUCGUCCUGACCAGCAUCACGUCAGGCCGAGUGCAGCAGGUUCGUGCAGACACCAAUGAAGAGUCGCCAGUUACCUGCAUUAAGGUGUCCCACUUAAAGCAGUACUUCGUAGUGCUCUUCAAAGAUCAGCCUUUUGAACUGUGGGAUUUACGAAGCCUGACCCUUCUACGAACCAUGCCAGACAGCUUUCCCUGUGUAACAGCAUUAGAGUGGUCACCCUUGGUUAGCAGUAAAGCUCAACUUCGGGCACGUCAUCUGGCUAAUCCCAAGGAUGUCGAGCCCAUUUUUGCCAACUCUGCCACCGAGCAACUUGAGAGGCAAUUGGGUCAGCAGGGAGCCAGCCCACUGCUGCGGGAGCAGCUGGUGUUUACCGACACGGAGGCCCAGCUAUAUUAUUUCAGCGUUGAAGGAAAUGUCGUUCGAGACUGCACUCGAAAUCCGCCUGAGGCAGGAAUGGCCAGUGUUACAAGCAUUGCCUGGAAGAGUGACCACAUUGUGCUUGGUGAUGCUGAGGGUACACUCACAGUUUGGGAUCUCAAAGGCAAAGUACUAAGGGCUCUCCCCACACAGCGUGGGCAUGUCAAGAAGCUGAAGUUUGCUCCAGGCAAGGGGAAUAUGAAAAUAUUGGCUCUUUUCACGGAUGGCAUCAGUGCCUGGAACGCUCAAGAUGUGCAGCUGUUUGUGCAAGCGCGCUGUCCUCAAGAUUUGCCUGGUAUAACUGAUGUUGACUGGGCCAAGUCUGACAAGCUGGUUGUGGCUACUUCUGAUGGCUGCAUACGUGUCAUGGACAUGGAAAUGAAAAGCUGCUCAUCACCCAUUUCCAAUCACCUGCAAACCAACCGUUUGCCAUUCAUUCCUCAGUUGCUACCACCCAAAGCUGCCCUGCAACUCAAGUCAUUGCUCCAACACCCUGAUAUGGGCUUUGCUACAGUUGCUGCACCACUGUCUGAAGCUAGCCUGCAAGAGCGUUUACAGCAAGCUAGCUUCCAGUGCAAGGUUCCGAGCAAGGCCGGCGUCAUCGAGAGAAGUGCAGCUGUGGCCAGCUGGUUUGGAGAUGAAGAAGGAUUCCACUUCUGGAGUGUGACUUGCUACUAUCUCACAAAAAAACAGCGAAGCCUCAAUGCUGCUGAUAAAACGUCGCUGCCACUGUGCUAUGAUAUGCUGUGCCCUGAUGCUGAGUAUAAGGCCUUACAGCUCAAGCGGCUGCUUUUUCAUGAGCGACAGCGCGCGGUACACAGCCACACACAGCGAUGCGUGUGCCGUUUGCUCCUUCUGGGUCAGGCUGACCAGGCAGUGCAGCUGCUGCUUGAAACUGAGCCAGCUAGUGAGCACUUCUACAGUGAUUCACUGCGGGCUUGUUUAGUGGCGUCACUCAAAACUGAAAGCAAUCCGCAGUCAGUCGUGAAGCUGGUUGCCACAAACCUGAUUGCGAAUGGUCGCACAUGGGAUGGUGUUCAGCUGCUUUGUCUCAUUGGCAAAGGCCUUGAUGCCUGUCGUUACCUUCAGGCAGCUGGCCAAUGGGAGGAUUCCGUCUGGCUAGCAAAAUGCACUCUCAGUGAUACCGCCAACUGCGAGGUGAUUAGCAAGUGGGCAGAACAUCUGAUCCAGCUGAAUCAGAAGGGCAAAGCGGUGCUGGUGUUGCUGAGUGUGGGCCAGUUCACUCGUUGUCUCCAGACACUCCAUGCUGCACGAAUGGUUGAAAGGGCUGCCCUCUUCCUUGAUGCCUGUUUAGAGCAUGGUGCACUGCUCCAGGAACACUCGAGCCUCUUUCAAACUGUGUGGCUGGAUUACGCUAGGUAUCUGCACUCCUUGGGAAACAAAAGAGCCAGCUUGCGCUACUGCUCUCUAGCUGGAGAAGCAGCGGCAGACCUGCGCAGAGAAGUGGAAAUGCUGCUCGAUGAAGAAGGUCUUGCCCUUUCUGAACAAGCACAAUAAAUAUGAUAGCGUUGUCUUCUCUCACUGCAGUUCAGGAAGUUGAUGAAUUAAUAAAGCAUAUAUACAAGGUG